GCCGGGGCGAUGGCGGAGUUGGACAUCGGGCAGCACUGUCAGGUGGAGCACUGCAGACAGCGAGAUUUUAUUCCAUUUGUAUGUGAUGGAUGUUCAGGAGUAUUUUGCCUUGAACAUAGAAGCAAGGAGUCUCAUGGUUGUCCUGAGGUGAAUGUAAUAAAUGAGAAACUCAAGACAGAUCAACAUCAGUCUUACCCAUGCUCAUUCAAGGGCUGUGCUGAAAGAGAGCUUGUGGAAGUUGUAUGUCCUUUUUGUAAGAAGAAUUUUUGCCUGAGACACCGUCAUCAGUCAGAUCAUGAUUGUGAAAAACUGGAAAUCCCAAAGCCUCGUAUGGCUGCCACUCAGAAACUUGUUAAAGACAUUAUUGAUUCCAAGAUGGGAGAGACAGCAAAUAAACGACGGAAAGGUGCAAAAAAUAGUGAAACAGCUGCAAAAGUUGCACUGAUGAAAUUAAAGAUGCAUGCUAAUGGGGAUAAGACAUUGCCACAGACAGAAAGAGUUUACUUUCAAGUUUUCUUACCUAAGGGUAGCAAAGAAAAGAGCAAACCAAUGUUUUUUUGCCACCAUUGGAGCAUUGGAAAGGUCAUAGACUGUGCAGCUUCUCUAGCCAGUCUCAAAAAUGACAAUAACAGAUUAACAGCCAAGAAACUGCGGUUAUGUCACGUCACGUCAGGAGAAGCCUUGCCCUUGGAUCACACUUUGGAAACCUGGAUUGCUAAGGAGGAUUGUCCUUUAUAUAAUGGUGGAAAUAUUGUCUUGGAAUAUCUUGAAGAUGAAGAAAAAUUUCUAAAAAAUGUUGAUUCUUAUUUGGAAUAGUUAUUGUAGGAUUCAAGCCAGAAGUCACAGGGAAAAUUCUAUGUAUAUAUUUAAGUAAAGUUACUUUACUCCAACUACUAUUUUUAAAAAUAUUUUUGAA